AACUUUUGAAUUUCCUACUUCAGACGUCCCCUCUGAGGCUUGCCGUUUUCAGUCCUUCGUUUCUGAGAAGACAUGGACAAGAAACAAGGAAAACCCAAGAAAAGGAAGGAUUUAAAAAUAGUCCCCAUCAAGCCACCAGUUUCCAACCCCACGCCUCCCCGGAACCUGGACUCCAGGACCUUCAUUACCAUCGGGGAUAAGAAUUUUGAAGUGGAGGCCGAUGACUUGGUGACCAUCUCGGAACUGGGUCGGGGGGCGUAUGGAGUCGUGGAGAAAGUACGGCACGCGCAGAGUGGGACCAUCAUGGCUGUCAAGAGGAUCCGUGCAACUGUGAACACUCAGGAACAGAAGAGGCUGCUCAUGGACCUGGACAUUUCAAUGAGGACAGUGGAUUGCUUCUACACCGUCACGUUCUAUGGAGCCCUGUUCAGAGAGGGUGAUGUGUGGAUAUGCAUGGAGCUGAUGGACACUUCCCUGGACAAAUUCUACAAGAAGGUUCUUGAGAAGAAGAUGACAAUCCCGGAGGACAUUUUAGGAGAGAUCGCAGUGUCUAUUGUGAGAGCCCUGGAGCAUUUGCACAGUAAAUUGUCGGUUAUUCACAGAGAUGUGAAACCUUCUAAUGUUCUCAUCAACAAGGAAGGUCAUGUGAAAAUGUGUGACUUUGGGAUCAGUGGCUACUUGGUGGACUCAGUUGCCAAGACCAUGGAUGCCGGUUGCAAGCCCUACAUGGCGCCCGAGAGAAUAAACCCCGAACUGAACCAGAAAGGUUACAACGUCAAGUCUGAUGUCUGGAGUCUGGGAAUUACCAUGAUCGAGAUGGCCAUCCUCCGGUUCCCGUACGAGUCCUGGGGAACCCCCUUCCAGCAACUGAAGCAGGUGGUGGAGGAGCCCUCGCCCCAACUCCCAGCAGACCAUUUCUCCCCCGAGUUUGUGGACUUCACAGCCCAGUGCUUACGGAAGAACCCUGCUGAGCGGAUGAGCUACCUAGAACUUAUGGAACACCCCUUCUUUAACUUGCACAAAACCAAAGAGACUGACAUCGCUGCCUUCGUGAUAGAGAUCCUGGGGGAGGACUCGUAGGGGAAAGACAUUGCCGCUGAGCGGAGCAGCCUGGCUUCGCCUCCCCUCCCCUCUCCUUCCUCACCUUCCUUCCCUUCCUCCCUCCCUCCCUCCCUUUCCCGGACAACAGAAAUGAGGAGCAGCGUUCCCGGUGGUUUGCACAAGUCCCGCGGUCCCCAGCUCCGAAAGUCUCCACGCUGGAACUCAGCGCCAUUGUAUUCUGGGGUCAUCAGGCGCCUCUAUAAGCUAGAAGUCACGCAGGUAGCACAGUUGAAACCCAAGACAGAGCCAAGUUGGACCGCCUCGUCCGGAGAAGCCCUGGGAGUGCUGGGAUGGGUGGGGGAAGGGGGUGAGUCCGGGAAUGCUGACUGGGAUCGCUCAAUCGUCUGGACAGUGAGAAGCUAAUCCUGAGGUCGCGAGGCGGCUCAGGGGCCACGGCAGGGUGGGAAGAGGAGCUGCUCUGAUAGCAGCAGCGGUACUGCUCUCGGGGAGUUCUGUGCUAGCACCAAGUGAGCCUCGGUAGAACAGACCCUGGGGAGGAAAGCAGGGCUUUGGGGGUAGGAAGAGGCCUGAAAGGGUCUGUUGUUUCAUUGUGCUUUCCAGCCUAGCAGAACUGAAGAGCCUGCUGUGCUGAACAGUUUGAGUGAAAUGUAUUUCCGAGGCUCACCUGCUCCACGCCUGAAUCCCCUUACUUCUCCUCCUGGGUCUUUUGGGGCUCUCUCCUCCAGAACCCCGAUCACCAAGCACAGCAGUCUCCAUUUGCCGGGCGGGGUCCCCAACCUCACGUUCCACUCCCCAAACUGGGGUUUUCUUCUCUGGGGCCAUUUCUCAAGCUUCCCCAGGCGCCAGGAGGAGGGUGAGCUCCGGUUAGGUCAGAAGCUGGCCGGUCGUGACCCCUCUUCUCUGAAGCAGCCCCAGAAAGUGAGGUCUCCUCGUCUGGAGGCAUUCAGCCUGGAUCCUCCCAAGAGUGAUGGGUCCCACGCCAACCCUAAAAGCCCUUGCCGCCAGUAAUACCUGCCUGGGGAACUCGUACUUCCCCUUCUCUGGCAUGUUUUGUUUGUCCGCUUCCUCACAGAUACCCUUGGUGAGUGUACGGCGGGGCAGGCACGUAACAUCAAGUGCGUAGCCGGUGAGGAUAGCGACUCCUGACCCACAUCAUAUAACUGUCCUCACUCUCCCCCGCCAUGAGGACCUGGUGUUGGGCUGGAGUUUAUAAAAGGCCCCAAGACUGAGCUGGCCACUCCCCCGACCCUCCUCCCCUUCAGGGUCCCAUGAGCCUCCUGACUGUGGUCCUGGGGCCGUCCUGUCCGUACGGCAGCCUGGCCGGGUGGAUGAAUGUCUGUCUGUAGAAAAACCUCGUUCAACAGAAGCCUAUUUAAACAAUGAAAUGUAUGGGGAGGGAGAAGGGAAAAUGAUACCUGCUGUACAUUUUAUAUAUCUCUAUAUAUAAUGGAAUUUUUAAAUUUACCCAAGUUUUGGUAGCCCAUCUUUGAGGAGGAUCAGCUAUGGUAACUAGCCCAGUUACUGUGAAUCCCCGUGAAAUGUCCCACCCUUCUCCCCUCUCCCUUCCUCCUUGUCCUGCAGAGCCGUUCCUCGUGGCUUGAGACUUCCGAGCGGCCAAAGAGUUCGGUUUGGAGAGGGCAGGGGGAGGAGAGUAUAGUCACGUGUACACUCAACCAAAAUUUUUGAGGUCUGUCAAACGCUUUAAAGGGUUGUGGAGAUGAAUUUUUCUGAUGGAUGAUAUUCUUUCUAAGAUGUUUAUAUAUUUUUGUAAUCAAUGGGGAAAGUACAGAUGAUUUUAAUCGAGCUAGUUUGGUGAAACGGCUAAUGACUUAACUAGCUCAACUGGAAGAUGUCGAGCCUCCAGGAGUGACCAACACUGAAAUUGCAAACUCUUGGCCUUUCCUCAGAGGACUGGUGGAGAUCUUGUUUACACACCGUGUUUCAAACAUCUCCUUCUGGAAGGCGUCAGACACUGCCCUGGGCCUUUCUAUGUGCGUGAAUCCGAGUGUAUAUGAUGGGUAUUUUGACGUGAGUCUGAAAGCAUAGCUCCUCAUUUUAGGAUCCUUAUGAAGGGAGCUGGGGCUCUCUCUUCCAUCUUAGAAUCAAGGCUGCCCUGGGAGCUCAGGGCCAGAUAAAGCCAGAGAAGGGCCAUGUGGGUCCAUGGAAGUCUCAUUAUUUCCCCCUCCCCAUCUCUUUUUUUUCUCUCUAUCCCCCCCAACAAGCCCCGCUAACACCCAACAUCUCCCAAGGGAGCAAACAAAUAUUGUGCAAACCACCCCAAGUCCCUGUAAUGUGUAAGGGGCCCGCUAUUGGCAACGUAUGCUAGUGAGAGCUGUCCAGCUGUAAAAUUUUAGUCUUUCACUUUGGUUUGGAUUGUUAAGUUUUAUUUAUCUUCAGUUUUUAUUUUUCUCUUGCUUUGGGGAUUGUCUGUUUUUAUUGCAUGGUUUCCUCUUCUCCCAAAGGUGGGGAAAAGGCCUGACAGUGGUCCUGGGAAGGUCUGGUUCUCUAAUUGACACACCACCCAAACCUAGGUCCCUGGGCCUUAAAGCUCCGUGGCCUAGGCACAGGUGAGUAGUGUUGGAGGAUUGAUCUUUCCCCCAGAAAAAGGGCUCCGUUACCUACCUCCCUGGGCCAUUUUCCUCUUGUGCUGUUGAUUUUGCUUCCUGGAUUGUAAUAUAAGUAAAUGUAACUUCCUGCCCCAGCCCCAGUACGGAGGCGGAGCCAACCCACCAGCUCGCAGAUCUCUCUUUUGCUGCCCGAGAGGGAGGGAGGAAGCCAGCUGGAGCAGUUAGUGGUUGCUGUUUUCAAUUAAAAACAAAACACAAA